UUUUCAUUUUUUUCUUUUUUUUCAUGUAGGCUAAUAUGCAGGCCGGCGCUGCAAUUUCGAAAUCUGCCCUUGUAUAUGGCGGACGAAAAUUUCCACAGGAGGAACCGCAACGUAAACCCGCUGUGCACGGCUAAAAACGGAGAGCCUGCACGACCGGAGCGAACCUCGGCAAAUUCAUGACUUAUAUUACGCCAUUACUUCUUUCUAAAAUGUAACGCAGCGCGUCCGUUUCAGAGCAAAAAAACCCCGUCGUGGUGGAUUUUUUUUUUCUUUUUUUUUUUUUACAUUCGGAAUUUCUCAUAACUAAUUCACAUUUUUGAGGGAGCAGUUUGCAGUUAGUCACCUCCGGUCGGGGAGGGAAGAUCUCUGGAACGGGGAGACCGUUUCGCAUGAGCUGCAUCGUAUCUGGAGACGUACAGGCUCAGAGGAGGCGGAGUCAUGAGUGCACAAGAGGCACCCAAACUUGGGAAGGAGCAGGGAGAUGGUGGAAGUGCAGCCACAGACGGCCCCUCAACUGCCUUAUCCUCAAUGACCACAAAUACGAGCCCAGCGCCUGUCACAGUCAAGAAAGAGCCUGGCACCUGCGAGACGAGCAACGGGAAAAUUGGUGAUGUCAACCCUGCUGAGAUUUGUGUUGUCAUUGGAGGAAAUGAUGGAGGAGCAAGUGCAGGCGGAUCCCGUCGAGCUCCGACCGAGGGUAUGUUUGCCCUUGGUACUCCUCCUCCAUCGAAGAGCACAGACUCAUGCAUAGGUUCCUAUGUAUGUGGGGUGUGUGGGAAGAAGUACAAGUAUUACAACUGCUUUCAGACGCACGUCAGGGCACACAGAGAAUCAGAGGCUAUGGUUGGGGAUGGUUUACCCCAGGCUCCCAACAGUAGCUUCCGUUACUCCUGUGACAUCUGUGGUAAGAAGUACAAGUAUUACAGCUGCUUCCAGGAGCACCGUGACCUGCAUGCAGUUGAUGAUCCUUAUGAACAGGUAGUGUUACCUGUGGAUGGCCUUAAAGAGGAGGAGCCAGUUGAACCCUAUCAGAAAAUUGGACCAAGGGAAAAAGCUCUCGCCCACCUCAGCAGAGAUCGUGGGUUCAUUCGACGGCAGCGGGUGUCCCUUCAAACACAAUUGGCAGUGUUCGCAGAAACUGGGAGCUAUGUUUGCGAGUUCUGUGGGAAGCAGUACAAGUACUUCAACCCCUACCAGGAGCACGUUGCUCUUCACACACCAAUGGGCUCCUUUGAUAUGAAGGCAUCACGGGUACAGGAGUGUGGAAGUAUGGAUAUGAGUAAAUUUGGCCACAGCCAAGCUGCUAAGAUAAAAAACAGUCCUUUCAGGCGGAAACUGGAGAGUGCAAUUCAGUCAAGUCUGGUUGACACAAAUAGCUCGCAGAAUUCAAGCGGAACUCCGAGCCCUCUGGUGGCUGGCUCCUUCCCUACAACCCAGAAACCCUACACUUGUGGUGCCUGUGGCAUCCAGUUCCAGUUCUACAACAACCUGCUGGAGCACAUGCAGUCCCAUGCUGCUGAUAAUGAGAACCACACCAAAGGGGAGUCUCCCAAAACCUCUGCAGCCACAGGUCCUCAGGAGCAGCUGUGGAGAGGUCCUCAGGCUCAGGCCCAUUCCUCAGUGAAACUACAAAUCCAGCCUCAAAGUAUCUCCCAGAGAAACCACACGCUCAGUCAAAAUAAUGGGCUGCCUGAGAAGGAGCGACAGCAGGUGGCUGAGCGCCUCUUACGGGUAAUGUGUUCAGAUCUGAGCAUGCUAAAUGUGCUCAACAGCAAGGACUUCCUCAAGUUGGCACAAACCCUGGUGGAUACCGGUGCUCGUCAUGGUGCCUACUCCACCCGUGAUGCUCUUGGCAACAUGAGUGCCUUGGCACUGCGCCAGCUGCCCCGCAUGUACAACCAAGUGAAAGUCAAGGUCACAUGUGCUCUUGGCUCUAAUUCCUCACUUGGCAUCGCUGUCACCUGUCACUCGCAGAUGAUUGGACCAGAUGCUUGCUAUGUUCUCACAGCGUACCAGGUGGAAGGGUCGAGACUGAAGCGCUAUGUGCUUGGAGUAAGGGAGGCUGAGCUGAGGGAAGGCCCUGAGCAGGUUCACCACUGGGUACAGAAUGUGCUAUCGGAGUUUGUGAUGUCAGACAUUCGCACUGUGUAUGUCUCAGAGCCCAGGGUGUGGUCAGCAGGAUUUGCAGGGUCACCUCUGGGUAGCGGUGGACGGGGGAGGAUAUGCCUACGCUGCGCCGGGUGUUCACUUGGCGCAGUUGUCCAGGCCGUUCUUGGGAAGCGCAGUCUCCAGGCUCGAGGUCUUCAUGAGUUGGCCGAGCUUCUCGCAACGUGCAGAGAUAUUGCCUCCUCCACCACACUGGCUCUCCGCGAGGAUCUGUUUACCAACACAUCCUCAAGCUCUUCUGAUGAAGGUUCACAGGGCGGUCCCACUCAGUGCCCCUCUCCGCCUUGCUGGGAUCGCAUGGCCGAAGCUCUUCUUCAGGUCCAUGCCCACUUUGAACAGAUCUGUGAGGCUUACGGACGCAGCAAGGCCACAGCACCAGUACUCCAAGGUCUCAACAAGCAUCUGCUAGGCACACUGGCUUCUCUGUUGGCCCCUUUGCGCCUGGCAGCUCUGGAGUUGAGCAGCCAGAGGAGACCAACCUUACAGCAGGUUCUGCCCGUGUACCUACGCUUGGAGAAGUUUUUCACAUCCAAAGCAGGAGAGGCUGGAACUGGCACCGCUAGUAAGCUCUGCCACUACUUCCUAGAGGCACUUAAAGAAAACUUCAAGGUUGAACGGGCUCACCAAGUUGCCAUGGUCCUGGAUCCACUGCUCAAGCUUCGCUCAGUGCCGGCUUACCAGCACGAAGACAUCAUCUCUCGUGCCUGUGAAAUGGCUGCUGAAAACAGGGAUGGAGGUAUGACAGGUGGUGGAGGUUCAGGUGGAGAGGAUCGGGACGCCGACGGCCCCCCAACUAAAAUAAGCCGCGUUGAGUGUGGUGGAAGUAACGGCGGCACCUCAAGGGGGGCGUCCUCGUGUUCUGUGUCUGGUAACGACGAGAGUCAAAACAAGGUUAGACAAGAAAUAUUUCAGUACCUGGCUGAGCCUCUUCUCCAAGGUACACCUGAUCUCUUCCACUACUGGAGCUCAGCAGUGGGUGAGAAGUUCCCCAGGCUCUCUCGUCUGGCUCUGUGGCUCCUCGCUGUGCCUGCAGUGGGCAUACAUGGCGAGUGCGUGACUGUGUGCGAGCAGAGCCUGGCUAUGAAGAGGAGGCAACAGGUAACCACUGAGGAGAUGAACAAACUCAUUUUCCUUCGCUCUAACAUGGGCUAGAAGAAAGCUCCAACCAACCCUCAACAACCGAACCCUCACCUCCAACAAAUGACUCAAGACUAUUAUUUAUAUACUGUAGGGUUAGAACAACCGUAAACUUCAAUGUGUAUGGACAAUAAAUACUUCUCGAAACAGAUAUUUACAGGAAAACUCACAUUGUAUAGGUUGCAAACACCCAUAAAAUAGCUUAUUACAUAUUUUAUAUGGAGAAAGGACUGUUGUAAAGUACUGUGGAAAAAAAUGUAGGGGUGGAACGUUAACUCUCAAAAGGCUGUUGUGUUUGGUUAUGCCAGACUCGGUUUGGGAUGCACAUGGAAGCAGGAUGAGUUUCUGUCUUCUCUUGGCCAGUCAUUUGAAUUCCUCCAGGCUAUAUUGCUGUUGUUCUCACUGGAUGGCAGGAUUUUCAGGUAUAAUCAGCUUUCGCUGCUUGAAACUACUGUCAUAGACCUCUGAAAACAAACUCACUUCAAAGAGGUUAGUAUUAAAUACUGUAGCACGUACAGUAAAGUAAUCAUUUUCAUUGGUGUAUGACAAAAGGAAAUCAAGUAGUGGAUCUUCACUGCCGUUGUUUCUCUGACAGUUUAUGAUUUACAGAUUUUUUUUUUCUACCACUGGAAAUGAUGCAUUUCGACAUAUCCAGCCAUGGGAGUUGUCUGAGCGAAAACUAUUUACAGCAAAUUUGGGUUGUUACAUCAGUGGUCUUGAAAUGUAGCUGCAGAUCAUUUGCAUGCACUGCACUGCACUGCAUGCAUUUUUCACCCAGAAGGAAAACAAAAAAAAAGGAACAGCUGAUAAAACAUUCAUUCUGAUAUGAUGCCUUCCUCCUUGUUUUGUGCUACAGAAAGUAAGAAAAUUGUCAAACGAGAGACACAUUUAGGCAGCGGUCUAAAUACCCUUCUGUUGGGGAUUUUUGUUUGGUGCAUGGCGCACAGAGGGCAGCAUGGUAUCAGAACCCGUUUGUGCUCAGCUUUUAAACAGAUUUCAUGUAGCCUUACUAUAUUUCCUCUGCUGGAUUGCACCAACAAUGAAUUGUGGAACAUACUGAAUAAAUUAAUCUUAUUUUAUCCUUAAAUACUUGAUGGUACAACCCAGCUUGCAUGUUAGUAAAUAUAAAAAAACAACAUGUAGAGGCCAUUUUGUGUGUUUUAAUACUUUCCAGGGCUGGUAAUUCAGUAAAUGCCACAUCAGUUAGCUUUGUGAAAAGACACUUGUAUGUGUCCUUAAAUGUGUCCAUUAAUACACAUUUUCCUAUGUUGAAGAUGUUCUGCCUGUACGUUGCCGUUAGAUAAACAGCAGUAAAGUUAUUAGCCUUCAGUUUUAGCUUUUGGACAAGGAUUUAUUUCUUAAUUAUAUAAAUCCUUGUGUGGUUGCCCACUGUAUGUGUGUGUGUGUGUGUGUGUUCAAAGCUUAAUUAGGAAACUUAUUAGUGCUACCUUUUUAUUUAUUAUUCUUUCCGCAUUAAUCUUUCUAAUAUAAAUUUUGUCUUCCUUAUGUGAACCACAUAUUUUCAUUUUUAAAGCAAUAAGCUUUAUCACGAGGCACCGUUUCUGGCUUUCUCUCGUUUAAAAAAAACAAAAAACGACUGUUGUCACGAUGCUCCUGCAGUUUUAAUAUUAAGAAUAUAUUAUUUUCUCUUUGUGAAAUCAAUGGGAUCUUCUCAGGAAUGAGUGCACCCACGCAGGCACCGCCACUUUUUUCCUCACUGAACCUAAAAAACUCACACAACUGUGACCUCAACGCCGAGGCAUGUACUGAAUCGUGACUUUUGUGAAACGUUCCACCCCAAAUGCAGUUGGUGCCAUUUGCAACAAACAGAACAAUUUAAAAAGAUGGAACACUUUUAGGACAAAGCAAAUUCUCACAGUACAUUCAUUAAAGUCACCACAUGCAUACUAAUGAAGUCAAGUUAUUUAUUUUUCUAAUGGAUUUUACAAUACAUUUACACGAGCUAAUACCUCCUAAAAUGACUUGGAUGAAUGGAAGUUAUACUGUAAUACUUUUGUUUGUUGCCUCUGGUACUAAAUCGGUCAACUACUAGUUUGUCAUUUGUGUUUUUUGGGCCUUAAGUCUCUCUUUCAUGCGAUCGCUUUAACCCCUCAAGUCAGAGCCAAUGCCAUGCCUUUUCUAUUGCUCUUCGAUUGCCUUCUGUUCACCAUCUUUUUCUGAAGCUUGUAGUUUUGUUUUCACUGCUGUCGACUCCAAAGGACUCACUGACAAAAUGGUUGAAACAGUGCCCUCUGGUGGUCUGAUGUGAACCUCCUUUUAAAAAAAAAAAAAAAAAAAAUCUGAGGUAUUUGCGAAUAAGUGCUUUAUUACUAUCUUCCCAAGUUGUAAAAAGUUACAAGUGAAUGAGCACAUAAGCUUGCUAAUGAUCUCAGUUCAGUACAACAGGCCACUAUUGAUUGCAACAUGGACACACACCCAAGCACAACUGUUCACUGUAUGAAAACAGACUCCCUCAUUUUUGCUAUAUAACCUACCCUUGACUUAAAUGUUAAACAUUAGCUGCCUAACAUAUGCUUUAGAUUUUUUUUUCCUCACAAGGCCGCUGUAAAACACAAGGUGCGGUCUCUAUUUUUUUUUUUGUUUUUUUUUUUGUUUUUCCUGCUUAACAACUCUCACUGUUUUUGGUUGACGACACAAAUACUGCUGCACUGUAUUUGAAAUGAAGAAGUGACUUGUUUAAUCCCGUGUCACUAUCGUAUUAUCACAACUUAGCCGUCUACAAACUGCGCCACCGUCACCCUUGUGGACCGUUGUGAUUGUUUAUGCUUUAUUUAUCACCCACACUGACUGGAGUCAUUUUGUUACAUGGCGACUGAAUAUUUUUAAGAAGUAAUCAGUCUCGGUAUGAUGAUGAUGAUGAUGAUGAUGACGACAAUAAUAAUAAUAUUUUUGUUCCAUCUAAAUACAGCCUGUAUGGCGUUUCAUAUGAUACAAUUUAUUCAAAAUGCAUUUGUCGGCCAGUCUCACAUGACAGAUGUGCUUUGAAUGGACUUUUUUCGUCACAUUUUUUAUGUUCACUGCUGUUUUCAACCUGAUUUAUGUCACACAUUUGUAUUUUUUAGUAUGAAAACCAAUUACUGUAAAUUCAAUUUUCAAUUCUUUUUUUUUUCUUUUACAGUACCAGUCUAAUGUUUUUACCUCAGUACUCAGAAGGUAAUGUUGUAACUUUAGGGAUUGGAAAUUAGUUGUUCAUACAAAAAAAAACAAUUAUAGCUUCGGUCAAAGAAGUAGUCGAUAAACUGUACAUUGGUCUGCCGUUAGAGCAGUGAUCCUCGAUUGAACUGAUAGAGAGAGAUUUUCUUUUUUUCCUUUCCGUUUUUAAAUAAGUAUUUUAAAUAGGAUAUGCUCUGGGACAAAAAUGCCAUUGUUGACUUAAUGAUGUCAACGGAAAUUUUACUUAAGAAUAACACUUUUUGUUAAUUAAAUGAGAAUUAUAUCUAAGAUAUGCAUGCUUUUAAUAAGAGUACAAUAUAUAAAGUUAUCAGCCAGUGUUUCUCAUCGGACGGAAGUGAAUCAUAUUGGUGCAGAGUAGACGUUAUCUAAAGACAUGUCAUCGAGAGAUUAAGAGGCAAACGUGGACUGAAUUUUAGCCUUUUUGAAGGUGAAAGUAGCGACGUUGAUCAUGGGUUUGGUGUUAAUGGGCUGACAUCAUCCAUUUUCAGAGGAUGUAUAUACAAGAAAAACUGCUGUUUUUAUGCCACAAGGGGGCGCCUUUAUUUCAGAGAUAAAGUAGGGAGCACCAAUAACAUUAUACCUCUUUUUUCUACAGUAGCAUUUCAAAAGGUUUUGAUAUAAUAGAAAAACUCAACUUAGAUACUGUUGUUAGAAAUCAGCUGUAAGUUUUAUUUUGUUUCAGGAUUUUAACUUAUUCGGAUAAUAAACGUUCACUUGUAAAAAGUAUGGUAUAAGGAUGCUAACAUGGAGAUCUGUUUUACUCUGGAUUAUAGUCUGUAUCAUCAAUUCAGGUUAAGAAACUAGUGUUGCUUUUAUCCUAUUUAACAGGCAUUUCUUCCUUUUAUACUCUGCUAAAAUGCAAAAAGAAGAAAAAAGAAAAAUGGUGUUUGAUUCUAUUAAUUUUUGUCUUUUUUUAUCGCACUUUGGCAGCAGAUUCCUGUGUAGAUUCAGAUCUGAGUUGUCUUAUUAGUAAGCCUAAUUUAUACUUUUGUAGCAACACUAUUUUUAUAUAAUGGCAAAGAAACAGUUUAGUGUCUUUUUCUUUUUCUUUUCUUUUUUUUUCGUUUUGUUUUUCUUUGUUUUUCCUGUGUCAUAUAUGGCAGCGCUGUUCAAUGUUUCUUGAAUACAUUACCCACUGUAGUAUGUGAUGUGUGAAUAAACUCCAAAUCUGUGUCA